AUGGAUCCCCUCUCCAUCUCCGCCUCGGUCGCCGGCCUCAUCACCAUAUCAACUCAAAUCCUCGGCAUCAUUGGCACGAUCAAGUCCAAGAACAAUCGGGGACUGGAAACUCUCUCGCGUGAAGUUGGCGCCGUUCGAGGUAUCCUCUGGCACAUCCAAGAGAUCAUCCAGUUCCAAUCCACACAGCCGACCAAAAGUGCGGAAUGGCUGGAUGCGCUCAACAACACCCUGGACGACUGUGGAGACGUGUAUCUCACAUUGCGGAAAGAUCUGGAGGGUUUGCAUUCGAGCUCGCGGCUUGACUCCCUUAAGAUGAAAGUCAAGUGGACACUGAAGGAGAAGGAUAUCCAGGACAUGUUGAGAAGGUUAGAGAGCUAUAAGCUCUCACUGGAUUUAUUGCUGUCGGUCCAGACCAGUACUACCACGACAAAUAUCGAGGAAGUUCUUGGGCAGGUGCAGAAGAAGCUGUCGCUCAAGCCCGCGGAAUCUCCUGCCGUAAAAACACCGCUAUCCUGGCGAAAGAAGCUGGCAGGACUCGAUUCAGGGCCUACGCAGGAGAGGGGGAAUAGCUCUGAUGCGACGCCCCCUACAGUGGUACGUCCUGACAGCUCUGGGGCCAUUGGGAGUGAUAUGUCCCAUAUCCUUCCUGGGCCCAAAGCAACCGGUUGGCAGGAGCCAGGAGUCUACGGCAUCACCCGCGAUGAAGGCCAAGAAGCUCCUGAUCUCAACAGCCCAAACCUCACCUCGGUCUGUGAAAUAAACGUUGGGAAACAAAAACUCAGUCUGGUCUGUGGCUGGGAGAAACCAAACGAAGCAAAUGAAGCGAUCAUUCCGAUACGUGUACAUCUUCUGUUCAAAGGGCCGUCACCGGGAGAUCUAUAUUUUAUGCAUUUAAAAGACUCGUUAUCCAUGAUACUAUCGGAGCGCAUUUUCGUUCCAGCUGGGAAAUGCAGUCUCAUACUAGCACGCUGUGAUAUGAAAGACUUGGUAUGCCCCCUCAAUGACCUCUCAGCACAGGAGAACCCGGAGGACUUCAAACUUGCAUUAGGAGCCUAUGCGUUGAAAUCAAGCUCCAAAGCAGAACAGGUGUUGGUAAACUUUGAGGAACCACAAGAUCGCGAUAGAUUUCUGGGCCAUCUGUAUGCUGUGCGAUACCUGCAACGGAUGGACCCUGCAUUUGCUAUGCCCAAUAAGCUUUACCAUGGUUCAGCAGUCAGGAAAAGAACGCAACAUGUUCAAGUGGGCUAUGCCGAUGGCACUGAAAAGUCCUACAUCUAUCCUUAUCUCUGCAUUGAGUACAGUCUGGAAGAUAAGGCUCCACGGCUCUCAUGUGCAGCAAAGCCCACUGAUCUUGAGGCGAUCUUCCAAGAGGACUUACCAAGCCUUGAUAUUCAAAUAGUGGGAGACGAGACUAUUGUCUGCAACACCCCGGACGGAAAUAAAAUCCGCACAUUCUCAAUAACGUUUGGGUCUCUAAGUGAGGUCGUUCAGAUGUACCACCGCCUGCAAGAUAUCGUGCGGGAAUGGACCGCACUAGGCAGGAGGAAACUGGACGACUACAAAACAAAGAAGGAAUGGAAGGUCAAAAAACUGGAAUUCUGGGAAGGAUCGCAAGCCCCUGGAGAGCCAUUUCACAAUGUCAUCGUCGUCGCCAAAUCAGACUGCGUUCUCAAGAGAUUGAUGAUGGAUAUCUAUGACUCCAGGCGAAUUGAAAAACUGGCAUCUUUCUAUGGAGUGAUGUCAUCAUCUAUCCUCUUCUAUAAACGCCAUAUGCGAGCAUCCUCUCCGGACUUCUUUGUUUCCCCGGUUUUUCAAACUGGCUUUUGGGAUCUGAGAAAUGGUGGUGGCACAACGGCGGAAAACUUCCAAGCCGGCCAAGUGAGAAUGUACGGCCCAGGUGAGAAGUACCUAUGUGAUGAGCUGGAAGUCUUUGUUGAGGCUUUAAUGGAGGAGAGUAAGGAAGCUCAGAAGGGGUUCAUGAUGGAAGCCAGUUCGAUUUGA